CACCCAGUCCUAUAAAAGAGCGCUGCCUCCACACGUGAUCCUCUUUUUGGGCCUACAGCAGCCGCAGAUAUGGACGCCAGCCGCGUUGCACCCAUCAAAUUAGCCAGGGUCACUAAAGUUCUUGGAAGAACUGGAUCUCAAGGGCAAUGUACUCAGGUCCGUGUAGAAUUCAUGGAUGACAGCAACCGUUCCAUCAUAAGAAAUGUCAAAGGACCAGUCAGAGAAGGGGAUGUUCUUACACUGCUGGAGUCGGAACGUGAAGCCAGAAGGCUGCGCUAGCUUGCUUUGAAGAUGCCCGAUGUUUGGUCCCCAUAGAUCAUUGGAGAUGGAGUCAGUGAAACAACUUGUUGGCUGAAAAUAAAGUUUUCUAAAGGAA